AUGUUGUCGAAUCUUCAGGUUCAGGAUCUGUUGGCACAGCUGACCAAAUUGUUCUCCGACCAACUAUUGCAUGGUCACUCUGCCAAAGACAACGGCAGUUUGCCAACGCAUCAACCGCAAAAGGUGGAAGCGAUAGAAGACAAGUUAGAAAAUCAUCAUUCCCCUGCCACAACCCCAGGCGCAGCAUGGGAUCAACGUGGACGUGAACUACUGCACGCGUUAUCCGAGUCAGUUGCCACAGCCUCCGCCAGGAACAAAGAAGCCACACUGCCAAGGCCAACAACAGCGGAACAAGCACAAACGAGCACAGUAAUACUAGACGGGCAACACCAGUGUUCAGAGGGAAUGGAGCAAACGCUGGUAAAAUGGACAAGUACAAACCCCGAAUGGAUGAGAAAUCCUGUGGAGGUACGGGUGACAAACAAACAACAGAUGUACAAGUCAGUAGCAACACCAACACCGAAUGGUAUCCAUUUCCCUACCGAAGAAGAUCAUCUGGAUCCGCCGGAGGUAACAGUUUGUCAUCUUCCGCCCCUCUGCUGGUCCUCAGAUCAGGUCCUUUACUGGCUAACGGAAUACGCCUGCCUGCCUGGUGGGUGCCUCGAGGAAGCGAAGCGAAUGCGUUUGGACGGAAGGCAACUUACUACUCUGCCCAGCGGUAAACUCGACAAAAUGCUUUGUCUGAAUGAUCCUGGUCUGCAGCGAAAACUUCAACUGGCUCUGGAAGAUCUUAGAGUACAUGGCUCUCCUGGCAUCUCUCACUGUCCCGGGCCUAGUCACAUUCGCCCACAUUGGGUUUGUGAAGUUUGGCUGCGACGUUACCUGGGUCUGGCUCAACUUGCACCCUCCUUCGCUGUGCGUCGUGUUGAUGGGCGUAUGUUGGCCAGCUUGGCAAUUUACAAAGCUUCCAAACGCACAGGCAGCAGUUUGACAGGAGCACAAAUUGAAUUGAAGUACCAAGAUGCUAACCCAGUCCCACCUACCGGCGUUCUGCAUCUGGCCAACACUCCCAACGGUACAGAACAUGAGCUCUCUACGCCAAUGAAAAAUGAUAGCGGAAUUUGGCGAGGAGCAAGUCGGAAAGAACUGUGUCGUAUCCUGCUGGGAAUUAGUCGGGAUAAUUCCGGGAAUGGCGCGAACGUGAGCGGAGCAGAGUUGCCUCAGACGGCCAAGCUUUUGCUGGGGAAGCGAGAAGCGUACAGUUUGCGGACGGGAAUAGAACUUUUACGUCGGUUCGAUUUCAACAUAGAGAUGUUAGAAAAUGCGCAACGACAGUGUGAGGAUGUGGACGACAAUUUACUGUUGUGGACUAACGAACGCGUGGCUAAGUGGUUGCGGGGUUUAGGACUUCAGGAAUUCACUCAAGGAAUUGAAGGUACUGGCUUGCAUGGAGCCUACAUGGUCCUGGAUCCUCAAUUCGACACCAACCGCUUGAUGAAAUACAUUCAUUUGCCAGCCAAUGUGGCUUCCUUGUAUCAGUUGGAUUCGCACUUACAGGCCCUGUUAAAGUCAGCAAGGCUACGCGAGGGUAAUUUAUGCACAAAACAGUGAGUUUC